UUAAUGUGCAUGUUUACACAUUCUAAUGUGUUCUGUACUUUCCUUAGUUUGGUGUCUGAGACUCCAGCAGUGUGAAACGUCCACUUACAGUAGGCUACUUAGAGUACUUGAGACAUAAUGUGCUCAUUUCAUUUACUCCCGAGAGUCUCUUGAAUUAUUGACUGAGCUACUGGACAUACAGUACUUAGUCACAGGUUGUGGUUGUGUGUGUGUGUGUGUAUUUAAUAACUGUAGCCACAAAUGCUUAAAUACUCUGCAGUGGUCCCCAACCUUUUCAGUCAGACGCACCCCCACAUCUGAAUGGAAGGGGCAGAGCUAGAAGCCGUUAGAAGCUAAAUCUACUUUGGUAGUGUUGUGUGCAAGAUGGAGGGAGAGGGGCAGACAUUCCAGCUUGAAUUGGGAAGGCUAGAACAGCUCUGAAUGCUGGAUCUCAAAGAAAAUAUGCACAGACAGAGCUGGACAGGGUAGCCCAGGACCAUGGGGGCCCCGCAGCCCAGUCAGAUGGACUCACAGACACCUUCACAACACUCACACUCAUAACCCGUUAGCUAAUUUUAGCUGUUCUUUUUUUUAUUUAUCCAUCACUCUUAGCUCUUAGCUGUUUGGACUUCCAUGCUCACUUGCUAACUAUGUUUUUUAGGAACUCACAAGGUUUUCACGCAUUACAUUCCAUUCAAAACAUAACUGAGCUGACUUACUCCCCUGGGGUACAUGUACAGUGUCCCUGGUUGGGAAUCUCUUGCUCUAGAAAGCUAUUUACUGGUUUGAGAACAUGUCAUUGUGUCAAACUGAAGAAAUAAAAAAAGAAAAUCUAAAAAAAUACAGCUGUAUAGUGAGACAGAUAUAAAGUGAAGUCAAAGUUUAGUUAAAGUACAUUAUCACAGCGACAGGUCACAAUUCACUUUACAAUAAUACUUCGGCACCACGAAUGUUCCCUCUCUGUUAAGUUCAACCUUGAUGGCACUUCAGAAAACCACCGCAAGUCUGCAGAUGUACUUCAUAUAGCCUCUUAAUAAAACCUACAACACUGAGGUUAUAGUCAAAUGGCUGUUUGAUUGGUGAAUUAAAUAACUUAAAGUGCCCUUUUGUGAAAGAGCAAAUUUUAUGGGGAUAUGGUGAAGUUACUGAUGCAUGCAGCUGUAGAACACGCCACAAUCAAUGUCCAGAUAUCCCCUACAGUUAGGUUAGAUCAAUCCAGAAGCUAGAUGAUGAUCACUUUCAAAUAUGGUGGAGCUUGCAGCUGAGCACACUGAGGGGUGGAACAUGAAUGAUUCAGGGGCCCCAUAUAGCUGAACAGAGACACUGGGACAUGACAGAGAUUAUCCAUAUAUCUGUCAGAGCUGUUGGUGAGUUGUUUUAUAGGGGGCCCUAAGAUUUCUGGUGGUAACUUGGCAGCAGUAAAAUCAUACAUACCAUGAAUAAGGAAUCUACAUAUUGGGCUUAAUGCUUCGUCUGAAAAUAUUUGUUUUAUUAACACAAAUAAAAAUAUGACUGGAGGGAAAAUAAGCGCAUUUAUACAGUCACUUGAACUAGGCAAGUCUUUUGAAACAAGUGCAACUAACUCCCCCCACUGGCACUGCUAUUCAUAUUUGCUUUAGAACAAAAUGGUUAGGAUUAAAGAGCCUGUGCUCAAACGUUCUCCGAGGGCGUCGAUAUCACAGCGCCGCCUGUGCGUAAAAAUUAAAAGCUGGCUAAUAUAUUUAUUAGCACGUCUGUCGGGCGUGGCUGGCUUGUCUGCCGGAGGGAGGGGGUGUGUGUGUGGGUGUGUGUGUGUGUGUGUGUGUGUGUGUGUGUGUGUGUGUGAGAGAGAGGGGUGCUGUAGCAGUAGUCUGCUCCGGGGCUGCUGGAUGCUCCGUGAUGGAUGAGGAGUGACAGAUCGGGGUUAGCCGCCAGGGGAGUCCAUUUUCUUCCAGCGCACGGUCUUCAAGCAGAGGAGGUGAGACACUGGAUGCAGAGGAGGAAGGGACGAGAAACAGACCGAUUUCCACCCCUCCUUCUUUCCCUCUCUGUCACUCUCUCUCCUCUCUCUCUCUCUCUCUCUCCCGUGCAUCACAACCUAGUGGGCUGCACCGCAUUGACGCUGCUGCUGCUGCUGCUGCUGGCAGCCGACCCAACCCACUAAACUAACGCACUGACAGCGAGAGAGGGAAAGAAACAGUCUUUUUUGGAUGCUAUUGCCCACAGCUGGGAACUGGAUGCUGUGCGGAUUGUGUGCAUGGAUAUGCAGCAUUUCCCUCUAUCCCUCUCUUUGGCUCUUUCUCUCUGGAUCCGGACUCUGAUUCGCUGUCCUGCUCGGUAAUGUCAAGACUUUGGAAACGGGAGUGACUCGUGGAGGGAGGCGGCGAUUCGGAGGUUGCUGCAUAGUGCACGACAAGACAUUGGGAUAUAACUUACAAGUUUGCAGAGCUCGCAUCAUGAAUGCAGCCGUUCACUUGAAACCGUGAGCUCCCCCUCUUGUGCUGUGUCCAACAUGGGUGUUGACUGAACACUGGAAGAGUAUCCCCGCGCUGCCACAGAGGUAUGAGGAUGCACUUGUGAGGAUUAAAACUGCGCUCAAUAAUUCCUGGACCAUGCAGUUUCUGCCGCCUAGGACGUUAUUUGUGUUAUUUGCCCAUGCACAUGUAUUAUUAUCUCUAAGAAAUAAUGGAGAAGUGCGAUCUAAAGAGGACAGCGACACCAGCGCAUACUCUGCCAGGACUUUUCAUGGGUCACUCCGGGAGAGUCAUCAAAACAAACCCAGGGACCGUGCGCUCUCGCCGGGGUACGCCACAGGUGCGUCCUCGGCGGAACUGCCGGCGCAGCGGGCAAUUAUCAGAGGGAACUCCUCUCACCCCUGGAAAAGGGUAAUUGCAGAAGAAACGUGGCGAAUUGGGCACAACAAGCGCGACUUCAGCAGGACUGUGACACCCAUGGAGGACCCCAACGCUGUCUCACACUGGGGCCCGACGCGCCACCACAAUAAGAGGAUAAAGUUGAAUGGCGGUUUUGGUAGUACGGGGACGCCAGCAGGUGGACACUACAAUGCUGCUAAGCCCUCUUCAAUGGGCCGAGGAGACGGAGGAGGGGGUCCCGAGGAGGGCGACAGGCACAAGAGAGGCACAAAAGACGAGCAGAAGAAAGCGUCGAAGAGGGGGAGAAACCGGCUGAACAAAAGCUCAGUGCUCUUGGCUCAGACUCACGCGUCGCCGUGGGAACCCAUCCCCAAACCGGUGGCCCUCACCUCCACCGACCUGCCCUUUGACCUCUUCACCAGGAGGACCGAGUUAUUCACUUUCAGGGAGGAGAACCCCUGGGACGCCACGCCGAUCACCCCUCCCAGCUCGCAGGAUUUCGGGGACGAGAUCAAGAACCCCUUUUACCCGGUGACAAGCGAGACUUACGGCGCUUACGCGAUCACAUGCGUCUCCGGGGUUAUUUUCCUGGUGGGGAUAGCGGGCAACAUCGCCAUCCUGUGCAUCGUGUGCCAGAACUACUACAUGAAGAGCAUCUCCAACUCACUGCUGGCCAACUUGGCAGUCUGGGAUUUUGUGCUCAUCUUCUUCUGCCUGCCCAUGGUGGUUUUUCACGAGCUGACAAAGUCCUGGCUGCUGGGCGAGUUCACCUGCAAAGUGGUGCCCUAUGUGGAGGUGGCCUCCCUCGGUGUGACCACCUUCACCCUGUGUGCUCUGUGCAUCGACCGCUUCCGUGCGGCCACCAAUGUCCAGAUGUACUACGAGAUGAUCGAGAACUGCACCUCCACUACUGCUAAGCUAGCUGUCAUCUGGAUCGGCGCUCUCCUAUUGGCCCUCCCAGAGCUCCUCAUCAGGCAGCUGGUUGCAGAGGACACGGGAAUGCCGGACGAGCCUCCCGUUGAACGGUGCAUUAUCAGGAUAUCCACCUCACUUCCCGACAUGCUCUACGUGUUGGGCUUGACCUACGAGGGUGCUCGGCUGUGGUGGUGCUUCGGCUGCUACUUCUGCCUCCCCACCCUGUUCACCAUUGGGUGCUCUUUGGUGACGGCGCGCAAGAUCCGGCGAGCAGAGCAGGCCAGUGUGCGUAGCAACAAGAAGCAGAUCCGGCUGGAGAGCCAGAUGAACUGCACUGUUGUGGCACUAGCAAUCGUCUACGGUGCAUGCGUGGUGCCUGAGAACAUCUGCAACAUAGUUUCGGCAUACAUGGCGGCCGGUGUUCCUGAGCACACCAUGUCUGUCCUCCAUCUUCUCUCCCAGCUGCUGCUCUUCUGCCGGGCGGCCGUGACACCAGCGCUACUGCUUCUCCUGUGUCGCCCGCUGGGAAGGGCCUUCCUGGACUGCUGCUGUUGCUGCUGCUGUAACCACGCGCCAUCCUCGGCCACGGCCAGUGACGAUAACGAACACGAGUGUACCACCGAGCUGGAGCUGUCGCCGUUCAGCACCAUCCGCAGGGAGCUGAGUAACUAUACACCUGCCGGCUCCAACUGCUAAACUGACAUUCCUCAUCAGGGAUGGAGAUUUCACUAGCCUGCUCUCAGCCCUUAGCUAGUGUCAGACUCGUCUAGGAGAGAUUUGCCUUACCUAGUCUAGUCGCAUUUUUAAAUGGGUGCAUGAAUAAAGUCGGACACUGAAUAAUCACAUUCAGCCAGUGUCCUACAUCCUCAACAUUCAUUUCUUACAAUAAUAAUGUACAUUUACAGUAACUGUAUAACCCUUACUUUCCAGGAAAACUAAAAAAAAAAGCAAAAUCUUCUUUUCCCUCAUGCCCUGGGGUGCUCUUAAAACAGGGUCAGUACACAUUUUUAGCAAUCCUGCCUGAAACCUUUAAAACGUACAAACCUCCCCGCUGUAGACCUUGUAUGCCUAAAUAUCUUUGGACAGUUGGCCUCUCUGACCUGUUUGAUGUCUGGUUCCUCACAAGAGGUUUGAAUCAGGUUAAUUUCUUUAAAUUAGCUUAUUAUGAAGCAGCAAAACUGAGCAGAAAAAAGUGCUGUGUUCCCCACAGGCUUCGUGCUCUGAGUGACAGGGAAAGGUAAUAAUAUACUGUACAAUGUACAUAGGGAAAUUAUUGUACAGAAUAUGUUCUGUUAUGAAUAAAACAGUUUGUGAUGAUAACUGUAUUUGGCCACCACAAAUAAUAUGUAUGUAUAGGAAACUCUGUACUGUAUAUCUGAAGGGAGAAAUAAUUAAGGCCAAUCACCUUCCAGAUGUGUCAUUGUUAAAUUUAUGGGGACUAAUUAAUUAUGGUACAACCUUGUAUAAUAACUCAAAUACAGCAUCCAGCUAAACAUGUGGGCUGACACUGCCUAUAGAAAUACAGGACUCAGUUUACAGACUCCAAAUGUACAGUUCAUAUAAUGCUGAACACAUGGGAACAAGGCUUAUGAUAAUUAAACUAGUGCAGGGCGUCUCUGCAGUAAUGACCGUUUGCAAGAGGAAAACACAGCGAGGAGAGAGUGGAUUGGAGAAUCCAAAUGUACAAAACAACACUGACACUGUAUAUUGCAAAAUAUCCAGUUGACACAAACAUAACUGGGCUGGUCUCAGAGACACAUAAACAUGGACGUGAGUGGAAUUAAAAGGUUUGAAAUGGACUAAUUGAAAUCUAAUUAGAGUUGAAUGGAGUGGAAUGGAAUCGAAUUAAACACUACAGAUUCAAUUGAAUGGAGUGAAUAUGAAUAGAGUGGAAAGUAAUGGAACAUAACACCAUGGAAUAUAAUGGAAAGGGAUGGACUCCGCAUGGACUGGACUGAAAAUAAAUAUCUGCACUACACUGUUGUAUCAUGUUACGCCUUACACUUUGGGCUGUAUAUAUACUGUACACUUUCUUUGGUGCUCUUAAGAUGAAUGCGCUGUAAACAACAAAUCCAUCGGUUCGACUUAGAAUCACAAGUAAUUGAGCUGCGUAUUAUGUUUUUGGUCAAGAAGACAGAUUACAGUUAUCUGUGACUCUGGGAUAUAUGAAGAAUAGUGAGGUAAGAGAAGAAAAAAAAUCAAUGUGGAGUUUCACAGAGCUGCCACGGACACAGUUCAGAGAGAUCUCCUGAAUCUUUGAGGAUAAAUACUGCUUUUGUUGAGAGUGACACCUAAACUUUAAGUAUGGCAGCAUUUUUUUUUACAGUACAGUAAUUACUCAGUGUUUACUAGGUCACUGGUGAAUACUCAUAAAUGAAAAGCUAAUUGCUUGUAAUUAACAUUGUAGAUCUUGAGAGAUUGAGACUUCUAUAGAUGCAAUAAAUCACUCGUAUCUACACAUUUUAUUAUUACAUUGGUACAGAAAUAUAAUUGCUGGUAGUUAGUUCUGUUAUGUUUAUAUAUAUACAUAUUAACACAGACAGUAAUAAUUAUUUAGUAGGUAAUCAAAACAUAUUAAGUUAUUAUAAACAAAAAAGUGCCAAAAACUGCAUAAUUACAUUGUAAAUACAACUGACGGGCUGUAAAUAUACGGAAAAUUAUAUAUUUGUACCAAUAAUUACUGCAAAGUUUAGAGUAAAUACAAAGCAGCUGUUUCAUUUUUGUACAAGUUAUUUAUUAACAAUUCCUGAACUGUAAAAUCAAGUGCUACCAUAAGUGUGUAAAUUACCUUGAAGGCAAGAGUGGCAGAGUUUAGAGUAAUGCUGGCGACUCUGUCCGGCUGUUUGGGUAAUGGAUAUGAGAAGUUUACCCUACAGCAACCCUGGUGUCACUGUCACCUGAGAUAAUGUUGUGUUUGCAAAUUGGUAAGACCUCAAUCCUAAAAGCCAUUUCUCUUAACGUUAAAAGUGAAAACAAGAGCAGCCCAACACAGUUAUGUUAAAAAUAAUAGUAUAAUAGUCUGACAUCACAUUUUUUAUAAAUAUACUUACAAUACACAAGACCAAUGCUGUUGACCUCCGCAUAUAUCAUCAGCUGCUGGGAAUGCUCACUUUAUGCUAGGGACCUGUUAGCUUUAGCCUCAGUCUUUCUGAAUAAUCAUGUCACCAAGUGCAUAUUGAAGACCCUUUUAAAGGGUUGCUGUUUUAAAAUGAGUCGGUGAGAAACAUUAAAAAGUCAGCCGGCGACACCGUUUUCAACAACCUCUCGCUGCUAAUGUUAGCCUAGUUCGCUAGCUUCCAGCCACAGUGGCACAAUUGACAGUCGACAACUAGAAAUGAGAAGCUGCGCUUGUCUUCUUCUGUCUGAUACGAAGGACCAAUUGUGUCAAUAAUUACAAAGAAUUUUGAAUGAUAGGCCAAAUCUACCACUGGUAUUGUAAAGGGAAUAUGUGCCACGCGAGAAUAGGAAGCUUUACGGGCGUAGCAACAGUCACUAAAUUAGUUAUUAGUGGCUUCUUGACCACUAAUACCCUUUGCGGUUUCAUUACUUGAGUUUUUUAAGGAGAGCCAAUGAAAUGUUUUUCACAGUGUAUAAAUUUACAAGUGUAUUGUACUGUAAAUCUGUUUUCUUAUUCCUACCAAUCAGACCUGGGUCAAAGCAAGGUUCAAACCACCAUUACACCUUAUUACAAUGCAGGUAAUUGAAGUUAUACUGAAAAGUGAACAGCCCAAACAUUUGAUACACAUGCUAAUAUGGCCUCUGUCGAUGACCAAAAUCACUCUUAAAAGCCUUUAUUUUGUUUGGUAAACUUAUUCUAAUUCAAUUUCUUUAAAUAUUUAUAACUAAGAUUAAUGGUGGCUAGCUCUGUGAUGACCCAGGUGUGAUGUUCAUUGGUAUACUGUAUAUUGCGAUGAAUCUUUUGCAUACGAUUCUGCACUGCCAAACACCUUCUCUCUGUCUGUCUCUUGUGCUCUUGUGGUAGUAGCACACUAUCUCUGGGUGUCUCUCUUAGCAUGGAGGUCAGUUUGCCCUCAGCUCCAUCAAUACAGGAAUAUUACUACAAAAGAUAAAUCACAAAAGGUUUGACAGCACCCAAGGCCUGUCAUACUCAUAUAUUCAUUCACUAUAGACAGAAACUGUGGGAAAAGGGUGGGGUUUUUCCUUCCACGGCUGGAGGCAGCAACCCACUGGCUGUAAUGAACUCCAGUUUAUGAGCUCCAAGAGAUCCAGGUGGAUGUAGCCUCUGGUUGGCGCCGCCUGCAGUUCUUCAAGUUAAUAGAGGAGAUUGGCAGGAGCGUAGCAGCACUGCAACACAAUGCCCUGCAGCCUGUUUGACAACUCUUUUUAUUACCAUCACUAUUAGGGUAUUGUGGACCAAUGUGUAAACCUGUCCAGGGAGUUUAUAUGCCCUUGCACCAGCCAAUUCCUACCAUAAAAUCACUUUUUUUUUUUUUGUAUUUAGUUCAGUGAGUUUAGGUCUGUUUUUUGAUGCAACGUAAGUGUAAACUGACCUCCUAGAUCUGAUUAUCUUUUUCUGCAUAUUUCUGGGAGUAUAGCUCAUUCUUAAUGGCUCAGUGUGUAGUAACGUGGUUCAAACUAUUGAUGAAGUGAUUCUUGUAAAUCAGUCAGUGAGACGUUUAUUCUGAGUUUUGUGAGUAUCCUCUUCACUCUGAGCAAAUUGUGUCUGUAUUUGAUACCUGAAAAUGUAAGCACACGACCACUAUUGUCUCUAAGUCUAGUCACUGGUUUCUAAAUAGCUUUUUAUAUAGCCAAAAAAACUGUCCCUUUGUUUAUCAAAGAACUUUAUCUUGAAAACUGUAUAUUAAAAUCCUAAAUGUACUAUUA